CGUAAGCAAAUAUGUCUAAAAUAGACGAAUUAUUUGAUAAAAAGAAAGAUGAGGCUCCCAUGUUGGACUUGUCUAAAACUGUGAUAAAUACUGCUGAAGAAUAUAGAGCAGUUUUAGAUAAAGUACCGGACUUCAAAACUCGACCAGAGAAGGUAAGAUCUGAAGACGUCAAAAUCAAAGAAGACAAUAAGACCAAGACACCUCGGAAAGAAAUAAAGGCAUACGAAACAUUGGGAACACGAGGAUACGAGGAGAAACAUUUUACAUUCAUGGAUCCUAUACCGGUGGAAAUGAAAGGACUGAAGUUUGAAGAACUGUGUAUUGUCCCUAUUGAGUGGCGGAUGCUUACUUCUAUCAGACCGAAGUUGAAAAUGGACGAAGAAUUUUUUAACAGGUUAGUAGAACUAGGCAAGUCCGAGCUUAAAACAAAAGCAAAAGACAAAAGAGAUUACGCUAAAAACUUAAUGUUCCGAAAAACGAAAAAUCGUUCAGGAGUGACCGAAACACGAAUAAUAUCUUGCGCGGAAUGCGGCGAAGAAUACUGCAACGGUAAAAUGUGCGCCAUCACGAACUACGACAUGUUCGCUCGUUUGAAAAUAGAAGUGGAAACGAAAUCAUCGCGAGCACAGGCAGCACCGACGCAGGGCCUGGGCAAAAUGAAAAAACUUCGGCGGCGCCCAAAACGUAAGAUGCGCAGUAAAAGUGCUGCACCCGAACAAAACAAAGCGCAUAGGAAUAAGUCGGGAGCUAAAAGUGAUUCCGAACUUUAGUAACCUUUCUAUACAAAUAUUCCCACCAUGUUUGUCAGACUAAUUGUCACUUUUUUUUAAAUACUAAAGUUAUGAAAAUUAUUACUUGCAUAUUGGAGGAAUUGUUCCUGAUUGCUCUGGAUUUACAUUAAUUACCUGUGAUGACUUCAUUUGGUACAGCAGCUUCGUCUCUCACAUGAACUCGCAUGACACGAUAACUUGAGAUUACCUUCUGAGAAUAAUGUUAUAUUUAAUCCGGUUAUUAUCUAUUAAUUGGGAAUAUUAUCUACUUACUCUCAAUCCAGCGACUAAAGAUCAUAUAAAGUGACUCUCAUAGUUGACCUGCUGGCUACCGUACAUGUCUAAAGUAUUGAGAGUAGACGAGUAGAGGUUCACGAAGUAUUCUUGAAAAAAAUCUAGUUACCUACUAAUGGAUCUUAGACAUUUUAAAUCAAUGUGUGGCCUUUUUAAAAAUAUUACAAUAUAGUGAUCUGUCUACAGUCUGGUAAAUUAUUUAUUUAUAAGUACGACCAAAAUUUCUGGCCAAGUUUCAAGUUCUUGGAAUAAUUGAUAAACUCGCACUAUCUUUCCUAUGGUUAGGUUAGAUUAUACAUAAAUAUACUAAACAUUCUAACCAAUCACUGUAUUUUUAAUCUUCAAUGAGAUAGAUAUUAAGGAGACAGACUGGUAUGAUAAUUUGUAUGCAGAUUAGAUAUUCACCAACGCCUAUUUAACCUAGUCGAUAUAAAUCACAGUUUUAUAUUCCCAAUUGAAUAAAAUAUUAAUAUUAACUCUAGAUAUAAGGUAACGUUGUAUACUUACUUUACUUGUACUUUGAAUCUCAAUUUUGUACUGGUAAUUUUAUUAUACGAUUAUAUUAUAAUGUGAAGCACAA